GCGCUUGAUGGAAAACUGCUGAUGUGGUUGAGACGACGACAAGUUCCGGUGAUAAUAUCUGCUGUUCUCGUCCUGGUCUGUGUGUCGCUGUACCAUCAAAACCACCACUAUUAUAAGAGAAGUUUGGUGCAGUCGUUAAAUAGUCUUGUCAACAGCAACAAGAAAAUACGUCAACUUACUAAUGAGACUUUCGCUGGCCUGGGGCAGGAAGAUCCGUCUCUGGUAUCUUACGUCCGUCACCUUAUCAUCUCCCCGUCAGAUAAACCCUACAACCUCACCAACCCAACCAAGAUUCACUUUUCUCAGUACGACCAGAGCAGCUUCGCCGAGAGUGUUUUUCUCAACGGAAUGAGAGAUGGCUACUUCCUGGAGAUUGGUGCCCUGGAUGGUGAAGACAAAAGCAAUACUCUGUACUUCGAGAAGUAUCGUGGAUGGUCUGGUCUGUUGAUAGAGCCAGACCCCAAACUCUUCCACACACUUUCUGGCCUCAAUAGAAAAUCGUAUUCUCUUAAUGCUGGAGUCUCCCUCUCUAACAUCUCUGCAAUCGAAACCUUCAGGCCAGCCCGAGGUGAGGGACGCAUCUGGGAGAACACCAAGAAAGGCAUCAGCAUCCAGUGCUUCCCACUGUACACAAUAUUACUGGCCCUCAACAUCUACCAGAUCGACUUUUUCUCCUUGGAUAUUGAAGGCCACGAGAUGAGGGUGAUGCAGACUCUGCCUUGGGACAAAGUGAAGGUGAGGUUGUUGUGCGUCGAGGUCAACCACGUUCCAGGAGGUAUAAAAUCAGUGACGGAGUUCAUGGAGGCUCGUGGAUACACCUUCCUUGGCACCCGCAACAUUGAUGCCUGGUUUGGUCUUAGAGACCUCCUGAAAACAACCAUGAAUGUAGACCAGUACCUCCAGGAAAACCAAAUUGCAAAACAACGGUCAAAAAUUCUUGGGUUGUGAGAUUUGAAGUGGAAGAUCAACUGUCUUGUCUAGAAUUUAUCAUGAAGGUGGGCGUAGGUUUAAAUUGUUGACGAUUCUAUGUAAAUGUGAUCCAUGAAGCUCAAAGUUCAAAAUAAUAUGUAUGUCCUCCAGUGAAGACACUGCAAGACUCCAAGUAGACAUCAACCAAAUCUUUAAAUGGGCCACAGAAAACAAUGAAGAGAAAUUUUAAAUUUACUCUGGUAUGGGAAACUUGAGAAAAUUAAAACUAUAUCGAAGUAUAACACAAAUACCAACCACACAAUAGAGCGAGAAAGUAAUGUGAAGGACCUGGGAGUGAUAAUGUCAGAGGAUCUCCCUUUAAAAGAUUACAACAAUGUAUCCACCACAUCUGCUAGAAAAAUGACAGAAUAAAUAAUGAGAACCUUCAAAACUAGGGACGCCAAGCGCCAAGGAUUCGAACCCAUGUCGUUUUGGCCCUCCA